CCGAUCUAGAGAAGUGUGGUACAGAACGGCAGAAACUAUGACCGAGUGGGAGACUGCCCCCGCUGUGGCUGAGACCCCAGAGAUCAAGCUCUUUGGCAAAUGGAGCACUGAUGACGUCCAGAUCAACGACAUCUCCCUGCAGGAUUACAUUGCUGUUAAAGAGAAGUAUGCUAAGUACCUGCCACACUCUGGAGGGCGUUACGCUGCUAAGCGUUUCAGGAAGGCCCAGUGUCCCAUUGUGGAGCGUCUGACCAACUCCAUGAUGAUGCAUGGACGCAACAACGGCAAGAAGUUGAUGACUGUGCGCAUCGUCAAGCACGCCUUCGAGAUCAUCCACCUGCUGACUGGAGAAGUACGGUCUUUUUUUAAGUUGGAUAGUGGGGUCUAAUGAUUUGUUUCUCUA